CCGGAUUUUUACCAAGAGGAUACGCAUUGGAAGGGCAAACUCCAUGCCUUAACUUGUAUAAUACAUGGAAAUGGUGUUCCCGAGUUAAAUAUAUUUUGUUGCCACAUAGCAUCGAUUUCUUUAGUUGUGCUUGGGUGAUCAUGAACGCCUUCACCGCCUUCUUGCGUCGUAACCGUGUUCUGGUUGUGAUGGUGCCUGUUGUUGUCGGAGCUCAUCUGGGUUGGUAUGCGUUACAGUUCUCCGACAUGUAUGUUCCAAAAGAAAACAAGGAAAUAAAAGUCAUGGGACUUGACCUCACAAGAGCAGAAGCGGCAACCAAGAAGUAGUUUGUUGAAAUCAUGAUUACAGUGCUUAUUGUGAACUUGAAUAUGAAACUGUGACAGUGGACCAAAUCUGUAGAUUUAUCAUCUGUAGGAAGAUUCAGUUCUCCAGGGAACACCGCCACGACUGAAUUAUAUUGUUGAAAAGAAUACAGGCAAAAUGAAUUCUGAAAAAGUAGCUUGGAGAGGGAUGCUGGCCAAUGCGUCCAUGUGGACUCAACGCAACAAGUUCGUGUCUCUGAUUGGUUUGUCCUUCAUCAUCUACCUGGGGACGUACCCCAUCUGGGAAGCCAAGGCCUCCACCUCUGCGGAGAGGGCGUCCUGGAAACAUACACCUCAGGAGCCCACAAAAUGAACUCCGACAAUAUUGAAGGAUGGCCCAACCUGCAAGCAGACGUGAAAGGCCCUCCACUGAGACUCACCUUGAAGUGGACUGCCUUGAGGACCCAGCCAUUAGGACCAGGAUUCAGGUCUUCCGGGACCUCCUGGCCUCAUGCCAGGGACCUCAUGGCAAGGCCAAGGUCAUUCAGAACUCACUUGGAGGUCAUGUCACAUGGACAAAAUUAUCCUUUCGUUUGCUGUCAGUCAUGUCAAUUUCAACACCAGUUUUGAAGCUCAUUACCAGUGCUGUUCAAGGCCAUGUACAGAGAUUUAAAGAUGGCGGACUGUUCACAGCUAAUUUGUGUCUUUCUCUGUUGGAUGGUUCUCUAAAGACAAAUGUACACAGGAAACUUUUGAUCCAGUUUUAUGAAAGGUUUGUGAAUGUUAUAGAUACCUACUUGGGUUCAAGUAAGUGUGCGUGCAAGUUUGAGAUAGACGUGUUUAAUCUUCAGCAAGUGAUGACUCUACUGAGAAGUUUGUGUGGGCCAAAACUUUCGUAUAUGAGAAUUGAAGUGCAAGACAAACUGUUUGCUGUGUUCCUGGAUGUGUUCCUGUCUACAAUACCAUCAGAAAGACAGGACUUCUUUUCGGAUCGAGUGCACAUACAAUGUUUCCCAAACUCUGACAUCUUGGAAUCCAGAUGUUUGAAAGGAUUGUUGAUUGAAUGUCCCGAAUUAUCGUCUGUGAAUGAGAAAACCCUUCAUGUAACAUCUGUACCCAAUCAAAAAGGAUUUCUUAAGAUUAAAGUGGCAGUAGUGCUAGAAUCUAUGUCAGGGGAUACAGAAGGGCUUGUAGAUGCGAUGUAUGAGACAGAGCAUGGUGUUGAUGUCGGUGAUGUAGUGGUGGAGAGGAUGUUGUCGUUGUGCCAGCAGCUCCUGCGUUGCGGUGUCAGACUGCUUCUGUGCCAGAGAGUGAUCCAUCCAAAGGUCAAGGUGUUUCUCCGACAGGCUGGACUGUUGUUUGUGGACAGGCUAGGAUCUUCAACUAUCCCGUACCUUCGAGACCUCACAGGUGCUUCUCCCCUGUCAGUUUUGACUGUCAGCACGGAGGAAGGCUGGAGUGGGUUUGGCUGGCUAGAUGGUGUCACCCACCAGAUCUGGUGUGACAAGAGUUAUCUUCACCUGACUCAGGAGAACUCACCAAUCGUGACUCUGAUACUGAAGAGUUCCGUUGAUGAGAUGCUACAGGAAGUGAAGGUCCUGGGCCAGACGUCAGUCCACACCCUGCAGCUGAUGCUGGGAGCUCCCCACGUCCUGUCUGGGGGAGGGUGCUGGCUCUCCCAUGUCACUGCUUAUCUCACGGCGAAGGUCCAAGAAGACAAAUCAAAGCUUCUAAAUGAGUUUGAGUGUACCGAGUCACAGCUGAAUGCCAGCCUGGAGACCUUCACCCAGUGUCUUCUGUCUGUGGCCUUGAGGCUGACCUCCGACCUCAGUAUUACGACCUCUGGCACAGUUUCCAACUUGACUGAUGCUGAAUAUUGCCAUAUCUGGAAGUCUCCCAACAUCGAUGCAAGUAACAUACAUUCUAAGACUAGUUCCUGUAACUGUGGAUUGCUGGACAUGGCGAGUGUUGGCAAGUUCGAGUAUGUUUCUGGACGUGGUCUAUGGAAGAAACAGCAGAUUGAUUGGCACAAGAUGGCCAAGGUCCCUGAGGAAGAUGCGUUUCCAAGAGUAGUUGAUCCUCUGGUAGUCAUGAGGAAUGCUCUCAAGAUGGCUGUUGCUACUGCAAACACUGUCCUCAGCAUUUGUCAAUACAUACAUGAUGGCGACUAGCACCACUAUUGCUGUGACCAUUCACCAAGUAUUUGAUGCAUUGUGAGAAUCAUCUAGUGAGCUCAUGUAUUGAUACAAAACAUGUGGAUAUAAGACAAGGGAAGACAUUACUAUUUUUAUGAAAUGAAAUUUAAAUACUACUUUAUCAGAUUUAUCAAACUAUUGUUAUAUUUACAGGGACAAGUUUAGUAAAUAUGCUUUGCCUGGGUCCCUAGUCAUCCCUGCUAAUGCUGGAACAUUUCCCCGGAGCUUGGCAGAUGUUGAACCUUCAUGUGGUGUAUUGUGACCAUAGUCGAGAUCCGAAGUGUAUCACAACAAGUGUCCUGUUACAGCCCGAGGCACCAGGGUUGAGGACUCUUGUUAGGUGUACAUGGUUGGAUGAAGACCUUCCCUACUUGGUUUAUUCAGCUCCAGUAACAAGGGCGAGGUGGGAUAGGGCUUGUUUGGGACCUAUAGAAAUGGCAAAUUACAGUUUGAAAAGUACUUUUAAUAAUAUUUUCAUAUGACUAACAAUUUGUCUUUCUUCUUUCUUACAUAACUUUUUGAACUUAUUGCAUGAUUAAAUACAGAAAUUCUGCAAACUACGAGUGAAAAGGGCUGCAUCUGUGACCCAAUAUGAUAUUUAUACUAAUUUGUUUGUACUGUUUUAACUGCAACAGAAUAUCAGCUUAGAUCAAUGACUUUGUGUUAUGAUAUCAAACAAAGCCCUUCUUGAAACCCCCUAAAAGGCUUUUUUCACUUUUAGCCUAAAUUGAGUGCUAUCGAGAUAAAGCUCUGUUUAGAUUGCCUAACUAACUCUGCUGUGUUAUCCUUAAUGUAGUUGUAAUGAUUGUGAAGAUCCAGUGUAAUGGGUACUGAAAUAUAGUCUGAUUAAAUUUGGUUCUGCAACACAGUACAUUUAUGUGACGUGAUAUACGACUCGUGGUAUGCAGCCAAGUCCUAUCUUUCUUUGAUGUUUAGCAGAUAGGUGGGUCAUGAAAUAUGUUUCAUGACGUGGCCCUGGAUGUGGGGGUAACACAAUUUGUUGUGCGGAGUUGUGUUCCAUAGUUGUACCAGGAUGUGCUGAUCAUAUCCAUGCCUGUUGUAUUCAACUAUGUGAUAAAUGUCCAGGAUCUGUCAUGUUGAGUUUUCCUCCCACAUUAUUCUGAUGCUCCUGAAUGUGUGUAAGUAUGUGAUGAGGUUAACUGAAACUUGGUUGGGUUAAGUUCUCUUAUAGAUCAACUAAAAAGAUUGGUAUGAAAUCGUUUCAAAAAUGAGUUAGGUGGUUUAGUUUUUCUGAAUAUAUUUUUCAUGUGAAGCUAGUGUAUCAUAAGAGAUGCAAUGAAUACAACUAGAUGUAGAAUAUUUGUAUACAAUGAAAAUGUUAUUCUUCCCAAUAGGUUAGUUUUGAAACAGUGUUGAUUGUUAAAUGAGGGUUUUGAUGUGUUAAUAUUUGCCUAGUACAACAUAGCUGCCACCACUUGGUGGAGUGGAAUCCCAGUUAACUAAAUGAACUCUUGAACACAAGACUGCCUCUGUGGUCUAGUGGUAGUGUCCGCCCGGAGAGUGGAAGGUCUGGGGUUCGAUUCCCAGCUGCGUCAUACCAAAAGACAUAAAAGGAUGGUACUUACACUGCUGGACGCAGUAUAAGUGUGAUAAUCUUGGAUUCAAUGUUAAUCCCCAUUUCACCUUGCCUCACAUCUUGAACACAAUGGUAGUUCUUUGAUUUCAAGAACAGACUUAAACAUAUUGCCACUGCAUUGUGUACAGCCUGGACAUGGUUGUCAGUUAUUGUGUGUAUUUUAUGGGAAUUUGUAUGAAUUGUGGAAUUCAAAGAACACUAUUUAAUCAAGAUUGUGUGAUAUAUGAUGUGAUGAUUAAAUAUAUCAGGUUGAAAUGGA